AUGAAGUUCAGCACCAAUCCCAAAUGGUGUGAUCCUGAGAACACCAUCAGACCAGUGUCUUGGAGGGAUGUGCACGCUUCUUCCAUUGAUUCUAGGAAACUGAAGCAUAACAGACGGCCGCAAGCUCAGAUGCAUCAAGACAACUGGUGCAUUGGAGGCGGACUGGAAGUGCACAAGAACACGCCAGUCUACAUUGAGGAUAUGGUUCGCUUCAAGGAGACUAUACUCUGGACACGAACCGUACUGCAUUCUGUGGGGCUUUCGACAAUCUCGAUCACGUUGUACACACCAUACACGGGGACAUCACCAAGACCAGUAUUAGGCAUGAACGGCAGAGGAUUCGAAGCAGAUGCGAGUCCUGGAAACAUGGAAGCACCUCAAUUUGACCCUGCGGGGUAAUGAAGGUGCAGGAAGACGUUGAAUCCAGAAUCGGCCGGAGGGUACGGACGGCUGUAGAGGUGUUGGAGGGGAGUGUGAGGUGGUCAUUUUUGUGAUCUCUAAUCUUAAGGCAGAAAAAUUCCGAAUGAACAAGUCCAAGUCAAGAGCUAUGACAUGAUAGCAACAUUACUGCUGGGGACGGAGUGACACCACAAUUGGUGACCGUGUUAAGAGGAUUUUGC